CAACACCUUACCUCCAAGGGCUACGACCAUUCCACAGCCACCACAUUUUUGGGUAAUAACUUCAUAAAUAGCUUAUAAGGUAAUCCUUGUCUCAACUUCAAGAAUGGCUCAGGCCAAUGUUCAGCCCCGUCAAAAUUUCAGUUGCUUCCGUUGCAAAUUUGUAAUCAAGGGGGGAUACUCAUCAUUGACAAAACACUUCCGCCAUGACCAUGCAAUGAAAACUUGUAGUAAAAGUAAGGCAAGUUUGGUUUGUGGUCAAAAUGGUUGUAAGGAGUCUUUUGACAAUUUUUCCGAUUUCAAUUAUCAUUUGAGAUUUUGUAAAUUGUUCGCUAAAGGGAGUUUACCACCUCAGCCAAUACCAGUACAACCCGUUCAAAAUCCAGUGUCUGUUAAUACUGAAGGUGAUUUAGAUAACAGUUCUCAGGUGUGUGAUUUAAUGGGAAGUAGCCAAUCAGUAGAACUCAAAGACUUUUUUGCAAAACUUAUGUUAGAUUUAAAAGCCAAACACAAUGUCCAUCAUGCUGCUCUUGAUUAUUUGUCAUUGAAAUUAAGGGAAGGGCUUAAUGGAUUCCAAACUUUAGAAUGUGAGGGAAAUAUUUUUGAAAGAGAAUCUACAUUGGCUACUGUCAUUGAAAGUUUUACACAGCUGGGUUCACAACAGAAACGUACUGGAUAUUUUAAAACUAAUUUUAACUUUAUUGAGCCUGAAGAGCUUUUUGUUGAUCGUUCUACUGGUACUGUUAUGAGGAAUGGUAGAAUAAUGUAUCGAGAUGUUAAUAACACAUUUCAGUACAUUUUCCUUCGUAGGACCCUUACUGCUUUGUUUUCAAACGAUGCAUUCAGACGACUGUAUUUUUCGGAGGCCCCAUCAUCUGAUGGUUUUAUUCGAUCGGACAGGGACAGUAAUUUUAUCAAACUUCAUCCAUUAUUCUCAAACUUUCCAAAUGCAAUCCGAAUUCAACUUUAUUAUGAUGAUGUAGAAACUGUUAAUGCGCUAGGAUCGAAAACAAAAAAGCAUGAACUCGGAAUGUUUCUUUUCAGAAUUUUAAAUUUGCCAAAUGUUGAGAACUCCAAACUAGCUAACAUUUUCCCCAUAGCAAUUUGCACGUCGAUUCAAAUUAAGAAACAUGGUUUUGAUUUCAUAUUUUCUCGCAUCAUGGAUGAGGUAAAAGAACUCGAGUCAGAGGAUGGGAUGUUGCUCCAUAUUCCUGGUUUCACCAAUGGUCUUUUAGUUAGAGGCUCUAUCGCGGCUGUAUGUGCAGACUCUAAGGCCGCCCAUGAGCUUGGGGGUUUCCUAAGUCCGUCCGCCAAUAAAUUUUGCCGACUUUGCUUGAUCGACCGCAAAGAUAUCAAGAAUUGUAAUUGUUUUGAUCAGCUCAACAUGAGAAACAGGAACAACUAUGAAGAUGCUGUUAAAGAAUCGUCAGAUUGCAUAGAAAAAUCUAGAGGAACAGGAAUUUUAAAAGGAUGUCUUCUAAAUCUUUCAAAAUAUUUUCACGUUGCGGAAAACUUUAUUCUUGAUGCGACGCAUGACUUUUUAGAAGGGGUUGUCCCGUUUAUGAUUAAACUUUUGUUGCGUUAUUUAAUUUCACUUCCUCAGACCGCCAUAUCUGCUGCUCUUUUAAAUCGUCGAAUUGAGCUGUUUCAUUAUGCGUUUAACGAUCUUGCUAACAAACCUUCUCCCAAGUUUACGACUAAAGGUCUUAAAAAAAGGGAAAUUAUCUAACCAAACAACGGGCCGCACAAAACUGGUGUUUGGUUCGCAUGCUACCCUUUCUUAUUGGAGAUUUGGUGAGCGAAGCUAAUGAACAUAUCGUUGUGUUGGAGGACUUAAUCCGUCAAUUUGUCGAUAAGUUUACUGAACUAUAUCCCGAUGUGCAACCAAUCAACAAAUUUCAUCAUAUGGUUCAUUUUCCGGAUAUAAUAAGGUUGCACGGUCCACCAGUAAAUUACUGGUGCAUGAGAUACGAAGCUUUUCUCAAUAUAGUUAAACAGUAUUCUAAAUCCACAAACAAUUUCGUGAACUUCGCAAAGUCUACAGCUGUUCACUUACAGUCCAUAUUUUGUGCUAACAUGAGAGAGUCUGAUCGUUUUCAAAAAGAACAAUUGCAAUCCGGUUCUUCAAUAACGGGACUCUUUAGCAGUUUUGUGUCACAUAGCAUCGAAAUUCCUCCAGACGGGGUUGUAAGCAAAACAAAGUGGAUAAAGUUUAACGGGUGGGAAUAUCGUCCGAACUCAGUUGUUUUGAUUAAACACAGUUACGAAAGCGUAAGUGGCCUUCCUGAAUUUGCCCAAGUUAACACAAUAUUUGUUUAUCAUGAAAAUCCAUAUUUUCUUGUUACUUCACUCAUUACGUCAAAAUUUGACUCGCAUUUUCACUCGUUUGAAGUGGAGAUGGGCGAAACAGAGUAGAAAAGUGUUGUAGGAUUGUGUGAGUUGCCGGAAUGUGAACCAUUGUGGAUAAUUGAAACCUUAAAAGAAGAUUCACCAGCUUUCGUAAGCUUGAGACACUGGGUUUAAAUUUAAAGUAUAUAUGUAUUUUUUUCCUUUUCAUAUUUUUCAGUUCAUGGGUUUAUUAAUAUUGUAUUUGUUAUUCAUUAUAAUAUCUUACUUAUUGUCUAUUUGGUUCUUUAAUAGAACAGGAAAUUGACGGAGAAACGUUUUUGGGCUUGACAGCCGCAAAUUUAGGCGAAAUCGGUCUUAAAUUUGGCCCA